AUUUGAUCGACAACUGACCAUCUCAUCAGCAGCCUGUCGAACCGGCCCUCUCCAUCGCCUCCUCCGCCUUUGCCCACCGGCCAAUUCCACGACCCAUCCAUCGUCCGCCCUCUAUUGCCUACUUGAGGACACCGCUGGCCUAGAUACUCAGCACUCUGCUCCCGUCCCAUCGGCGCUUACAGCCCGCCAUGGCUUCGAUAAACGACCUCGCGACCGCCGCCAUCGCGAGCUCCUCCUCCACCUCCACGUCACCACCGCCGGCGGCAGGGGCGCAAUCGCAACCACAGCCGCAGCCCGCCGCUGGAGCUCCGCGCGGCGCCUUCAUCGUCCUCGAGGGCCUCGACCGCAGCGGCAAGACCACGCAGGUCAAGCUCCUGGAGCAGCGCUUCGUCGAGGCGGGGCGGUCGGUCAAGGUGAUGCGGUUCCCGGACCGGUCGACGCCCAUCGGGCAAAUGAUUGACGCGUACCUCAAGAGCGAUGUGGCCAUGGAGGACCACGUCAUCCACCUGCUCUUCAGCGCAAACCGGUGGGAAGCCGCCGCCCAGAUAUCCUCCCUCCUCGCCGCCGGCACCACCAUCCUCUGCGACCGCUUCCACCUCUCGGGCAUCGCCUACUCGGCCGCCAAGCGCAACCCCUCCCUGCCCCUCCCCUGGGCCGCCGCCCCCGAGCGCGGCCUGCCCCGCCCGGACCUGGUGCUCUUCCUCGACCUCGACGAGCGCGCCGCCCGCGCCCGCGGCGGCUUCGGCGACGAGCGCUACGAGCGCGCCGCCAUGCAGGCGCGCGUGCGCGACAUUUUCUGCGCCAUGGCCGCGGGCGCUGACGAGGAGCCGUCAGAGUCGUUGCCCUCUGCCGGUGAUGCUGGUGGUGCUGGUGUUGCUGGUGGCUCUGCGGACCCUCCUCCUGCUGGUACCGGUGCUGCCGCUGUCGCCGAGUCGACAUCACCGCCGCAGCAGCAGCAGCGACAGCAGCACACCCCCCGCAGAACCGGGGAGCACAUCCUCGUCGUCGACGCCGGCGCCAGCGUCGAGGCCGUGGCCGACGAGAUAUGGCGGCGCGUCGAGGCGCGGGUGCGGCAGGUGGACGCGGGCGAGCUGGGCGCCUCGGUCGGCGUCGUGGAGUGAGUGACUGAGCGAGCGAGCGAACGAGCGAACGAAAGGACUGAAUGAAUGAAAGUCAGAAGGCAGAGGGCUGGGCGGAACGAUUGAGCGAGUUGGUUGGUAAACGAGCGAGUGAGUGAGUGGCGAAGUGAGGAAGUGAGAGCGAGGGAGAGCAAGAGUGGGUGAGUGAGAGUGAGUGCGAGUGAGUGUCGAGUGAGUGAUCGGGAGACCGAGCGCCGAGUUAACGAACGAUACGAUGCGCACGCGCAGGGAAGAACAGAGAACACUUUGAACAGGGCAACAGUCGCAAGGGGACACAUCUCAGGAUACGUAGGCCAUGCAUGAACAUAUACUAGACAGACAGAUAGACUAUCGAGCGAGCAUAUUG